AACCUCUAGCUUCUCCUCCUCUCCAUUAUCACUGAUGGACGACCCAUUCAUACUCUGCGCUGAGUGACCACGGGGCUGCACAUAUGAAAUAACAAGAAUAACUCGAGUGUUUGAUCUGGUGGCGAGAGUUAGUGGGUAAUAUGCUGUCACCCGUGGACGAUGCUAGUGUCGGACAGCAGCUCACUCGGUCAGCGUUUCUCAUAUGUUACACACAGACUCUAACGUUAACCUCACCACUUUGAUGCCCCGAGUUCAACACGUCGCUCUCCUGUAAGGUAGCUGAGAGAAAGAGACAUCUCUUCUUACAACUGCUUGGACGUCAUGGCUCCACACCCGGUGGUCCAGGCCGUCAUUGACCUCUCUGCGGGAGCCAUAGGGGGAGCAGCAUGUGUCUUCAGUGGGCAGCCUCUAGACACCGCAAAGGUCAAGAUGCAGACCUUUCCUACGAUGUACCGGGGUUUCAUCCACUGCAUAACGUCCACCUACAAACAAGUGGGCAUGCGUGGUCUCUACCAGGGCACCACGCCGGCGCUGAUGGCCAAUAUUGCAGAGAACUCCGUGCUCUUCAUGAGCUACGGCUUCUGCCAGCAGCUCAUCCGCAUCACGGCUGGACUGCACAGUGAGGCUGUGCUGAGUGACAUGCAGAAAGCCUGUGCUGGCUCUGUAGCAUCCAUCUUCUCCUCGCUAGUACUCUGUCCGACUGAGCUUGUCAAGUGUCGGCUGCAAGCCAUGUACGAAAUGGAGGCAUCAGGCAAGAUUACGAAGAGCCAGAACACAGUGUGGUCUGUGGUGAAAUCCAUCAUGAGGAACGAGGGACCGCAGGGCUUCUUCCAGGGCCUCACCACCACCAUAGCCAGAGAAGUCCCCGGAUACUUCUGCUUCUUCGGCGCCUACGAGCUCUCCCGCACCACCUUUGCAAACUACAUGAAGUGUGACAAAGACGACAUAGGUGUUGCUCCAAUCGUGUUCAGCGGUGGUUUCGGGGGGGCAUGCCUGUGGCUGGUGGUCUAUCCCAUGGACUGCGUCAAGUCUCGUAUCCAAGUCAUGUCUAUGCUGGGCAAACAGGCCGGGUUUUUCAAAACCUUCAUGGCCAUCGCUCGUGCUGAAGGUGUGAGGGCACUCUACUCUGGCCUUACCCCCACCAUGGUGCGCACCUUCCCUGCUAACGGAGCGCUGUUCCUGGGUUAUGAAGCCAGCCGGAAGCUCAUGAUGAAGCAGUUUGACAGCUAAAAUAUGCAUAGCAGAUGCAUACAAAAUAUGCAAAGUACAAAUGAAGGAACGGUGAACAGGAAAUGAAGUAUGACAGCCAUAUAACCUCAUCAAGACUCCAGUUGAAACGUUGAAGCUCAUUAUGUGCAGGACCUGGUUUUUGCCACUUCCUGCUUUUGUUUAGAUAACCUAAAAACUGCUACACUCCAUCUCUUUUAAACGUAAAAAAACACCUCUGACAUAGUGUUUCAUAGUUUAAAUCCUUACAUUAUUUUAUUCAUUAGAUUUAGAUACAGUUUAUUUAUAACUCUUUAAAAAAGCUAUUGCCAACAUACAUACGUAUAUGAGAGAAAUAUACAGUAUGUGCAGCACAGUAUUGACCAACCUAAACUAACCUCUUCAUGAGGAAUUGUGAACACUCCAGUUUAUUAUUUUGUGUCUACCUCAGCAAAGACGUAUCUGCACAGAAACAGUCAUUUCAAAUCAUUCUUUACUUGCUCUGUAUGAAGGUACAGGGGUAAGAAAAACACUCCAUUAUCUUUAAUGCACAAAAUUUUAAAACUUUACUUGAGCUCAUUGCAUGAAGAUUUUAUUUAGACUUGUGAAGUGGCAUAUACUAAUUCAUUCAAAGGUCCAGUGUGUAGGACGUAGGGUAGGAAGGGUAUUAAUAAUCAUGUUUUCAUUACUGAACACUUCCUGAAACUAAGAAUCGUUGUUUUCGUUGCUUUAGAAUGAGCCGUUUGAUUUGAAGUUCUUUAUUGUCAGUCGACACAAUCAGGCAUUUGGCGGUAGAAACGUACCUCUUCGUGUUUCCCUCUUUUAUAUACACAUGCAUUAAACAUGUUCAUAUCCACACAGAUGUUGUUCUACAGUAACCCAGAAAGGACAAACCAAACACAGUUUUUAGAUUUGUGGGUUUUUUGUUGGGUUUUUGGCAUUGGCCACCAUGGUUUUUCCACACGCUUUUGGGAAAAGUUUCAGUUGGUUGCCAUCUGCAGCCCUUAUCACUAGAUGCUGCUAAAUCCUACACCAGCAACAUUAAGUGGCGGCCUGCGGGUCACAUCUGAGGAGGAAAAGAAAUGCGUUACAGUAUUUAGGAUAACAAGUAUUUUUUCCUCCUAUAUUGAAGCAGCUCGUAUCAACAAUAAUUUUAAUAUUUUGGGCAACUGACAAAAACAAGUAGGCCUAAUGAUAAUAAUAUUGAGAAUACAUUUUUGGAUGAUCCUGAUCGAUGGAGCAGAGCAGACUGACAGAGCUCCUCACAGCGCCAAAGUGCCUGAAUGUACAAAAAGAGUCAGCAAGUGAAAAGAGACUUUCAGUUUUAUUCAAACUUUGGAUGGAAUUAUUAAUAGAAAGGAGGAUGCACUGCUCCGUGUCUGCGCUGUGCACUCAUCAUUAUUGUUAUUAUUAUUAUUAACAGGAGCACAUUCCCUGUUAUGGGGGCCUGGGGCCCCGGGCAAACAUACCUGCUUUAUUUCACCUUUUCUCUUACGGGAAUGUUGGCAGGCUUCAUUCUUAAGUAAAACCACUAAUAGCACACAGUGAAAGUUAAAGUCCUGACAUCAGGACAGGUAUUAUUAGCACAAUGUAUUUAAAUUUACUUAAAGUUUGUUCCAGAUGGAGCUUUUAAUUCUUAUAUAACGCUGAAUGGUUUGUUAAUAAUAAUGCAUUGUAUUUUAAUUGUUAUAAUUUGUGAGUGAAAAUGCAGCAUAACCAGUAACAUUUAUCUGUCAGGGACAGUGUUUGCCUCUGAAGUACAAGUAUGUAGUUGCUUUAUUUUUUGUUUUAUUUUUAAAGGGAGCUUUAGGGGCCUUUUGUAAAAUAUUCCGGGGUAAAAUCAAGCUAGAACAGUAACAUAAUUCAGUAUUUUUAAUAUCUAAACAUCAUAAUGGAUCUUUUUCUGUUUGGGCCUUGUAGGUGAGGGCCUUAAUAAUGAAGUCCACCGCUGAUCAUUAAUAUUGUUUUUUAAUUUUCCUCAUACAGGAUCCACCCAGUUGUACAGUUCUUGGUGUAUUCUUGUUUUUCAUAACACCCUCAGUUUGACUGGUGCGGAUGGUGUAGAACAGCAGGUGUCCAUGUAUGGAUGUAUGUAAUUCGACAGUCCGGCCCCACAGUGUUGGCUUAGAAACAUCCCGGCCCUCGGACAAAUCUAGUUCAUGACCUCUGUCCUACACACUAGACUUUUAAGUUUCUAAAACAUGUUGUGAUGACUUUUGUUCUUAAUUAUGGAAUCAUUGUCAGUUUAAUUUAAUAACUUUUGAUAACAGUUUUACUUUGCAAACAGCUCUGACUGAAGUCGUACAGGUUUCAUCAGUCUCAGUAGAAACAAACGCGGCCAGCAGGUGUUCGAAACUUGAGCCGAACCUUUUUGUCAUCAUACUGACUGUUUAUGUAUUCUCGUGUUAUAUUCCACUCCUGCUGCGAUUAAGUUUCCACUCAUAUGGGACCCAGAGUUUGCCUUUUAAAUCACUACAUUUUGCCUUUUUUUGUUUGUUUGUUGAGGGGGCAAGUUGUGUAACCUUUUAUAGUUGUAUACAAGUCGAUGAGAAGAUAUCAACUGCCACAUCAAAUGUGCCAUUUGCGCACUGCAUUCCAUAUGCAGGGUUUUUCCAGUAAUAAGUUGUUAGCAGUUCAGAAAUCUCAGUCAUAUUCCUUUAAUGUAAAUUAAAAAAUGUAGGUAUUUUAAAAUGCUAACUGUGAGAUGACACUAAAAUGUUUGUAUAAAU